AUGCUACUAAGCUGUUGUACGAAAUUUUUAACAUUAAAAAUGAUUAAGAAUAUGGCAUCGAUACCAUCUGCUGUGUUACACGCAUCUUUCACAAAAAAAGAAAACAAAAUGUUUCAAGUUAAUACGUUUGGAUUAUUCUGUUUGUUAGUUAUAUUUUCAAUUGCAUGCUGUGAUACGAAUUCGAUUCAAAUUGUUAACAGUGGAUCAACAAAUACAGCUGGUUACAACAUAAAUAUUGAACGAAACGGUCAAACAAAAUACAGCGUAUUUCGUCGUUUCCCAAUAGGUGGUAAUCCACAAGAAAAAACCACACAAUUGGAACAAAAUCUAAGAGAAAAUUUGUUUGCUAAUAUAGAAAUGGCAAUGCCUCUCAGUCAGUAUCCGGUUAAACAUUGCAUGAAAAGUGCUUCAUUUGGCUAUUCACUUCGUGUUACCUACAACGAACAAACAUCACCCGAUUUAGCAUGUCCAUUAAGCGAAGAAAAGUUAGUCAAUGUCAACAAAUUUGUACGAGAUAUUGUCGCCUAUUUGAAUAUAAAAACAAUUGGUAAUUAA